AUGGAUACCUUAAAAAUAGUAAUUUGGAAUGAAAAUGGCCUAUUUGAUAUAAGAGUUGCAAGAGUUAAAAGUCUUUUUAUACAAAAAUAAAAUUAACGUGUUACUCAUUGCAGAAACUCAUUUCACAAUAAAAAGCUUUAUCAAAAUUCCACUUUAUAAUGUUUAUGAUACUAAACAUCCAUUUGGCAGGUCGCGUAAUGAUUCAGUGAUAAUUAUCAAACAAGACACUUUUUCCAAUACUCGAUGGCUGAUAUACGCAUACAGCUACCACUGUAACUAUAAACACUAGUGGUGACAAUAUUGACUGUUAUCUAUAGUUCUCUAAAUCAAAAAAUAUUGGUCUAGCGAUACGAAUCUUCUUCAACUUAUUAGGGAACAAAUUUAUUGCUGGAAGGGAUUUUAACGCUAAACAUAACUUAUGAGGCUCAAGAAUAAACACACCGCGAGGUAAAAUUUUAAAACAUUAAGGUAUACGAAAACUCUCAUUGGAUAUAAUAUCAACAUAUUGGCCAUCGACACAAGAAAAUACUCCAGAUUUACUGGAAUUUGCAAUUAUUAAAGGACUACACAAAUAUCACUUACUUCCGAUCAUUCUCCGACUCUUACUGAUUACUCAUCCAAAAUAUAUACAAACGGAACAAACCAUUUAUAUAACAAUAGUAUUAACUGGGUUCAAUUUCAAAAAUAUCUAGAAGCUAAUAUAAAUUGCAAUAUACCUCUUAAAGACAUCGGAACAAAUUGAAUUAGCAAUAAUGAACUUCACUGAUUUAAUUAAUACAAGAAGC